AUGGAUCGUUUUCAUGAUGAACAAACACCAUUUGUAUUUAUUGAUGGCAUUGAAAAAUUAUCGUAUAAAAUUGCAUAUAUUAAUCUAACUGAAUCGAGUAAAAAAGCAUUAUUUAUGACUAAAGCUGAAAUAUCAGGAAUAAUGCGAUUGAGAAAGAGUUCUUGUAAUCCAUUAUCAACACAAGAUCAUAUAGCAGCUGCAUAG